ACAUCCAUGAUAGAUAUAAAAGUGUAACUGUUUUUAUUAAGUUUGAAGAAUAAUCAAUGACAUAGGAAUUGUUUAUUUUUUUAGGUAAAAACUCGACGUUUUUCUCAAAGCUUAAAACCCUCAAAAGUUUUUAUUGUAUUCACAUAAGUUGGUAAUAUUAACACUACAGUUUUGCAGAUAAAUAUUCUUUAGUUGACACUAAAUUUAGAUAUUUUUUCUUUCUAGUAAAUAUUAUAUUCAUUUUCCGAAUUAAUUGUAAUAUUAUUAGUCACGCCUUAAAGUUUCACAAAUGACCGUCAUGGGUGAUAAUAAGUGCAUUAGUGACAAUGUCAGAAGUGAACUCAAGGAGAUGUACAUGAAAGUAAAAAAACUCUUGGAUGAAAAUGAUCCAGAAACAGAGCCAUACAAGAGCAAGUAUGCAGCAAUGGAAAUUCUGAAAAACAUGCAAAAUCUCUUGCUCAACUCAGUUGACAAUGCUAAGCAAGAGGAAAAUGAGGUGAUCUCCAUGCUUGCAAUUGUAUACUUGAAUCAAGGUAUUGUUGCUAUUGAGACCGAGGAAUUAAAGUCUGGUCAAGACUACCUCAAUAAAUGUUUCGAUUUGUUGAGCAAAAACAAACUCAAAGGUGAUAUUGUUCUACCCAUGAUAAGUGCUCUGAAUCAACUGGGAAUACUGUGGUCCAAGCGCGACGAAGCAACCAAAGCUCAAGAAUACUUGGAACAAGCUGAGACAAUUUACAAGAAUUACAAAAAUUCUCAGGACUCUAAUGCAGACAUCAUGAGUAUGUCUAAUUUUUUUGGAAUUCAAGAUUUCGACGAGCUGCCUGCACCAAAAGUCAUCGAGAAACUUCACACACUGACCCUGUACUAUUUGGCACAAAUUUAUGGCAGCUUGGACAAUUACCUCAAGUCUGCUGUCUAUUGUCACAUGACACUCAGAAGACAAUUGGAAAUGAAUGACUUUGAUAGCAUUGACUGGGCUUUGAAUGCUGCGACGCUUUCACAGUUUUUCAUGGAAAAAAAGGGUUUCAGGCAAGCCAGGCAUCAUCUUGCUGCUGCAACUUAUAUCUUGGGAAAGCACGAGGAUACUUUAAAGGACUUAAGCUCAAAGUUAGAAACAAAUGACCAAGAAAAAGAGAUCUUGGACUCGAAAUGGGAAAAUUUUAAGCAUAGAAGUGCAGAUAUUUCCAGAUGCUGGGCAAAAUAUGGAAUCUUGCUCAUGAGCACGUCAAGAGAUCGCUUGAUUUCUAGUACAGAAACUGGCGAAGACAAUCCUUUGUCCGACAGUACUACCAUUCCCGUUGAUUCCAAGUCUGAUAUAAAUCAGGAGACAUUCGAUGGUUUGAAAUUUGAGACCAUUGAAAAUGAUAUUGAACACAUUACCGGGACAAUCACGGACAAGUACCUUCUUGACUUUAAUGAUGCCAAGGCGGUGUUUUUAAAUGUACAAAAAUGGUUAAAUGAUGCCAAGUCAUAUUACACUAUGGAAAACCAUGCCUCUGACUACGUACAGAUCGUUCAAGAUAUUUCACAGUUGUACAAGUACCUCACAUUUUUCGAAGAUGAUGAAGAUCGGCAAGCUAAAAUGCACAAGCGCAGAAUUGAUCUACUGGAGGAAAUUGUCAAAGAAUUGAAUGAGAGGUAUUACCUGUCAGUGUGUCAACAGAUCUGGAUCGAGUUAGGUGAAACGUAUUCGGAAAUUCUUGACAUAAAACUCGACAAGCUCAAAGCCACUGAUGACAGACCUACUCCCCAUGCACUGACAAAAAUUAACAAUCUUACCAAUUCAGCUAUACAGAACCACACAAAGUUUCUUGACUCUAUGAAAGAUUUGAAGGGCAAGUCGGAAAAGUUCCCAGAGGAGAUGCUUAGAGCAGCGUUGUAUUCGUAUUUCCAUCUGGGUAGGCUGUACAAUAAAUUCAUCACACCGGAUAAGCACAAGCAGCUUGAGUAUGCGAAGAAGAGCCUCGAUGCUUAUACAUUCUUGGUGAAUUAUUGCGAGAAGGAUCCAAAGGCAGCUGAACUCAUGGCUGUGGAACUAAACAUCUGUAAAGACUUUAUGAAACUGUUACCAGUCAAGAUUUGUAAGCUCAACACGGAGUAGGCCGAUUCCUCUUAAGGCUUGCGUGAGUUUGUGUUAAU